AUUACCUAUGCAUGUCGAGCAAAAGUCAAGGACGGUCCGUAUAAUGGGGAAGGCGGUAUAUCGCGGCACAAAAAGAUAACCCCAAGGUUUGUACGAACUGUCCCGCCUGCAAUCAUGAAGUCAACCGUGCUUGUUUCAACAUCUUCAGCACAGCGCCAGGAUUCCGAGCCCGAUACUUGCAUCGAAACUACCACUUGUCACCACCUGGACAGGAUAGAAUCUCAUUACCCGCUAGCCUCCAUCAACCCACUCAAUAACCAGCCAUCAUGCCUCCGAUACGAACCUCGCGCAAUCGCAAAGCACCACCUCCAGGUUUCGACGACAUCGAAGACACGCUUCUCGAAUUCAGCAACAAGAUGAAAGACGCCGAAAACGCGCCCCACGACGGGCAGAAGAAGCAUGAGAUGCUGUGGUCUAUCUUCCAGAUCAGUCAUCAGCGCAGCAGAUACAUUUACGACCUAUACUACGAAAAGGGAGCUAUAUCGCGACCGCUGUACGACUGGCUUCUGAAGAAUAACUACGCCGAUGCGAGCCUGAUCGCCAAGUGGAAGAAACAGGGUUAUGAGAAGCUUUGCUGCCUCCGUUGCAUCCAGCCCAAGGAAACGAAUUUCAACGCGACGUGCAUCUGCCGGGUCCCGAAAGCCCAGCUCAAAGAAGACCAAAUGAUACAGUGCGUGAGUUGUGGAUGUCGAGGGUGUGCGAGCAGCGAUUAGCCUUAUGUAGGUUUUGCUGAUCCGGCACGGAAAAAGGGCGGACGGGGGUGUGUCGAAGUGAAACACUUGGUACGAUAGGCGUUAGUAGUUCUUGGUUUGGUUUAAUUUUGCUUGCAGGAUGGCGGCGUUCUGGUUAAAUGAUUCGAAAUUUCUUGCAUCAAUAUCCCACCCACUCUCCCUUCCCCCCCACCGACUACCUACCUCCCUUGCUUGCCGCCCUUUCUAGGAACCAUGCAGAAGCUGCCCUUUGAUUUCGGCCUUUGUCUAUUACUAACAGUGACCUCGGGCGGUAAUUCUAUACCCAUCAAAGUACCUCACGAAUGAGAUGAAAUGCUUACGCAAUGACUUGUUGUAUCUAAGUUGGAUAUCAAGAGACGAUCAUGGCUGGCCAGGGUCAAAUUAGACAAAAUUGCGAACUAAAAUAUUUAAAACUGCGCGUUUGAAAGGAGGGAAUGUGGGAAGAACAAAAAAAAUAUUCAACGCUCGUUAAAAGAAAUUGCAUCUCAUGUACAUCUUAGCAAAUGUCGUCAUGGAAGUCAUGAAAGGUCGUCCCAGGCCCAAAGUCAAGCCAACACCAGACCUUAGCCCAAAACUCCGGAAAUUCAGUGCCCCCAUGUUAAAGUAAAUCAGCACCAACAGCAAUAGAACCAUGCGGGAAAGGAAGAAAGAACAAAAAAAAAAAAAAAAAA